AGUUGACGAUCGUCAUUCGUGAAGGAUUUUCGCGACUAGUAACACCGUUUCGUAUUGAUUUUUUGUACACUCGGAGUGAUUGUAAGAGAGGAAAAAAAAUAAAACAAAAAGCUACGUUUGUGGUGCAUUUUCUUGAGCUUGCGAUCGCCGACAGUGACUUGUGACGAUGAACUUCUCGAUGUCGUUCGUGCUUAUCUUGGUUGUCAUCGGGAUGAUGCAGCUGUCACCAGCGAAGGGUCAAUAUACAGGACCUACACUUGCCUGCGGUGGUACAUCCUUGGUAAAGACGACGACACUGCUCACCCCGAACAACAUUGCUGCGAACGGGCUGACCUGUAUUUACACCAUCCGCUCGCUCAACACGCGCAUCUGUCAGCUUCGAUUGGAUUUCAACUCGUUUAGCCUUGCCCAGCCGACGCUCGAUCCGUACCCGCGAUGCAUCAACGAUGUGUUUUCGGUCGACAACUUAAACUUCGAUUUAUGCGGUGAAAAUAGCGGUCAGCAUGUAUACGUACCCUUCAACCCCACCAGUGCCGAUCGCACGAUGACGAUCACCUUCCGCAUUGCCAGCCGCUCCCAGAUCCCAACCCUGGCCAACCCACACUGGAGCAUCCGUGUGCAGCAGCUCGAGUGUCCGUCGGGUAUGGCAGCCGCGGCCAAAGACGCUACCCGUCAGCUGGACACUCCCGACAUGCUUCCACUGAUGGCACGUACUCUCUCGCACGGUGAUAUCGGUCUGCUUGCACCCACCGGCUGUCUGCAGUAUUUCCAGGACAACUCUGGUACGGUCGAAUCGUUCAACUUUGGCAACGGCGCUGGCCCGUACCUUGGUGGUAUGAACUAUGCGAUCUGCUUCCAUCGGCCCCGCAACAGCCAGACACUGCGCAUCCUACCGACCACCUUCGAGAUUGCAUCCUCUGGCAAUCCGACCGCACAGAAUCCGGGCGUCGAUGAGCUGUGCUACUCCAGCGUUGCCAUCGCGGCACGAUCCGAAGACAAUCUGCACAUACCGAACGCGGUGGUCCGUUUGCCUACACUGCCCGCCCUGCGUGCCAAUCGGUUCUGCAGUAACAGUUUGAGCAAUGGUGAAGUUGAUGUUACCGCGCCGGGACCAUACAUGAUGUACUUCCAGAGCGAUCAGCUGUUUGAUCCAUUCCGUCGCGAAACCGGAUUCCGUAUGAAGUAUGUGAUUUUGUAAGCCAGCUCACGACCUCUUCAAACAGGAAUCGGAACAACGCCCCGGAACAGACCAAGGAAUUACUUCCAAUUGCCCGUUCAGCAAUGCUGCAGGUUUGCCUGCGUACCAUUAAAAUGAUAAUGUAGCAUGUUGCACACUACAAAUGCAUUCGUGAUCAUUGCUCAACGUUCUAUUGCAUACGUUACAAUAAUCAAAUAAAUCCUACUCUAAGACAUUUC